AUGGACACGACAAAUAUUAACAGGACUUCAAAAAAAAAUUCAUCUUCGAAAACUGAAAAGUCAAAAUCUAGUAAAAAAAAGAGCAAAGAAAUUGUAUCUUUAGUAGAAAAUGGUAACUCCACCGAAUUAGCUUCAAAGAAUAGCAAGCAUGAAAUAACUGCGAACAGCCUCGAUAAUAAUUCUACUGUCGUUGAAAAAAGUUUAAAAAAAAAAAAAGUGAAAGAUAAGGAUGAAAAAAACACUGUUAAUAGUCGUUCCAAAUCUAAACGAAAAGAAUAUGAAGACAAGCAAAAUGAUGAGAAUGAUGAUAAUGCUCUAAUAGCAUUCAAUGGAAAAUUACCAAAAACAAAGAAACAAAAAGUCGAAAACGAUGCUUUGAAAUCUGGAAUAAAUGAUAAUAUUGUUACAGAUAAUAUGGAUACAAUCUCUAAUGAAAGCGAAACAGAUCAUUUAAAACUUUCUUCGUAUAGGAUUACGCAAACAACUGCUGAUUCAUUAAAAAAACGUGGAAUUGAAUCAUUGUUUCCCAUACAAGCCGCUACUUUCGAUUAUAUUUAUGAUGGAAAAGAUAUUCUGGCUAGAGCUAAGACUGGAACUGGUAAAACACUAGCUUUUGCAUUACCCAUAACUGAAGUCCUUUUAAAAUUGCAUGAAGAAGGCAGCCUCAAAAAUGUUCAUCGUGGCCGUGCUCCAAAAGUCAUUAUUAUGACUCCUACGCGCGACCUUGCUAAACAAGUUUCAACAGAAUUCGAAUCAAUAGCACCAAACUUAAAAGUUUUAUGCAUUUAUGGUGGUGUUGCCUAUGAUCCUCAAACUCAAGGUUUGCGUAAUGGUAUUGAUGUUCUCGUUGGUACACCGGGUAGAAUUUUGGAUCAUAUUGAUCGUGGCAAUUUAAAAUUGGGUGAUUUGAAGUUCAUUUGUUUGGAUGAAGCCGAUCAAAUGUUAGAUAUUGGCUUUGCAGAAUCUAUGGAAGCGGUAUUGCAACAUGUAAAACAGCAUAAAGAAAAUCAAAAUAAAGGCAUUGACUAUCAAACACUCUUAUUUUCGGCGACGGUUCCAGAUUGGGUAAAAAAUACCGUCAAAAAAUAUUUGAGGGCUGAUUAUAUUAAUGUGGAUUUGACUAGAAAUACAGAUACAAAAACCAAUGAAAACAUUCGCCAUAUUGCUAUCCGUUCUACGUGGAGAUCAAGAAAAGAUAUAAUUGGUGAUGUUGUAACAUGUUAUGCUGGUUCAGUAUUACAUGGUGAUAUUGUGCAAACACAACGAGAAAUCACAAUGAAAGCCUUUCGAGAAGGAAAGUUUAAAUGUAUUAUCUGUACUGACGUUUUAGCCAGAGGAAUUGAUAUUCCACAACCACCAAAAGAUAUUGAUAGUUAUGUGCAUCGAGCUGGUAGGACAGCAAGAGCAGGACGACAAGGAAUUGCUUUAACGUUCUUUAAAUCACAAGAAGAAAACCGUAUUUUGAAUAUUCAACGGUGUAUUGGUGUUACUUUUCAAAUUGUAGGUCCGCCUCAACCGCAAGAUAUUAUUACUGCUACAGCGAAUGAUGCUGUAAAAAAUCUAGAAGCUGUUGAAAGCAAUGUAUUACCCUAUUUUUACUCAACAGCCAAAGAAUUGAUAGAAUCUCAAGGUGCUAUAAGUGCUUUAAGUGCGGCAUUAGCUUAUAUGAGCGGAUAUUCUGGUGGAAUCAAGAAAAGAUCAUUAAUGUCUGCUGAUGAGGGGUAUACCACAUUACUAUUUCGGUUUACAUAUCCAAUUCGGCACGCUAGUUACGUUCGAAGUAUUUUUAAAAAACAUUAUACAGAUUUACCAGAGGAUGCAGUUAAAAGAUUUAAUAUGACCAAAGAUAUGCAGGGUGUUGUGUGUGAUAUUUCAUCACAAUAUUUGGAAAUUGAUGAAAAUGGGCAUUUGAUUUUAGGAGGAAAACAGUGGUAUAAUACCGCAACUACUACAUUAGAAGUUGCUAAAGAGUUACCAGAACUAUUACAAAAUAACAUGAGCUCUGAAAGAAAUGGUGAAUAUAGUAAUGGAUAUGGUAGCAAUAGGUAUGGUAACAAUAGGCAUGGUAACAAUGGGUAUGGUAACAAUGGGUAUGGUAACAAUGGGCAUGGUAACAAUGGGUAUAGAAAUGGUUAUGGCAACAACAAUAAUAAUAGUAAUAAGUGGAAAUCUUUUAAUCGCAAUGUUAAUGGAAAAUCUAAUGGAUAUAGUAGGAAUCGUGGUAUUGGUGGAAUGUAA